AUGGGUUUAGGUGAAGUACUUAUUCACAAUAGCAAGGUAGUGGCUUAUGCUUCACGACAAUUGAAAGUUCAUGAGAAGAAUUACACUACACAUGACUUGGAUUUGGCGGAAGUAGUUUUUGUAUUGAAGAUUUUGAGACAUUACUUGUAUGGUUCUAUGUUUGAAGUAUUCAGUGAUCAUAAAAGCCUAAAAUGUCUUUUUGAUCAAAAGGAGCUUAAUAUGAGGCAUAAGAGAUGUGUAGUUGAUGCUUUGAGUCGGAAAUCGUUUCACAUGUCAGCUAUGAUGGUGAGAGGAAUAGACUUGGUUGAACAAUUCAGAGAUAUGAGCUUAGUAUGCAAGGUGACCCCUAGUAGUGUGAGGAUGGGCAUGCUAAAGCUUUCCAGUGGUUUCCUCGAUGGUAUCAGAGAAGGUCAAAAGCUAUACAUGAUUUUGGUUGAUCGACUAUCUUUUAUUAGACAUAAUGGAGAUGAGGAUUUUAGAGUUAACAAGAAUGGUGUGUUGAAGUUCUGGAAUAGAAAGUCAAAGAUUGAGCAUCAGAAGCUGUCUAGUUUAAUGCAACUGUCAGAUACACCUGAAUGGAAGUGGGACAAUAUCUUGAUGCACUUUGUGACUAGUUUGUCAAAUACUCCAAGGGGAAGUAAUUCAGUUUGGGUGAUUGUUGAUAGGCUGACUAAAUCGGUUUAUCUUAUACUGAUUAAGAUCAGUUUUUCAUUGCAGAGGUUAGAUGAGAUAUAUAUUAGUAUUGUUAUGAAGCUGCAUAGCCUUCCAUCGAGUAUAGUUUUUUACAGAGAUCUGAUAUUCACUUCCAGAUUUUGGGAGAGCUUACAGGAAGUUCUGGGCACUAGACUGAGGUUGAGUUCUGCCUACCACUCACAGACUGAUGGUCAGACCGAGAGAACUAUAAAGUCUCUAGAGGAUUUGUUGUGGUUUUGUGUUCUGGAACAAGGCGGUGUUUGGGACAGUUACUUACCACUGAUUGAUAUCAAAUACAAUAACAACCAUCAUUCUAGUAUCGGCAUGGCGCCUUUUGAGGCUUUAUAUGGUAGGAGGUGUAAGACCCUCUUAUGUUGGUAUGAUUCUCGAGAGAGUGUUCUCCAGAAGUAUAUUCAUAAUCCAUCUCACGUAAUUCAGAUGGACGAUGUGCAAGUUCGGGAUAAUAUAACUAUUGAGGCAUCGCCUAUUCGGAUUGAGAUGAGAGAAGUGAAACAGCUACGUGGAAAAGAGAUUAUUCUUGUGAAAGUUGUUUGGGGAGGACCUGCUGGAGGUAGUACGACUUGGGAGUCGAAGAGUCAGAUGAAGGAAUCCUAUCUGGAGUUAUUUUCGUCAGUUGAUUUGAGAGCUUGA